GGUAAUGGUAAGAAUGCCAUGAGGCUUGUAUGAUUUCCUGCUGGUUAUCACGCCUCAAUCCCUCGCUUCGGGCGACAACCCGCACAUCUAUACCAUGGGAGGAAGGAGUUACAGCUGAAAUUUAACGAGAGCCCAGCCGAAUAUAUGUGCAAUCCAGGUGAUGCAGUUGUGUCAGGUGGCGUGAAGACCUUAGGUUGGACUCGAGUCCAACUUGCUAAAUUUCCGCUAGCGAAACAUAUGAAGCGGUCCAUGUACGUGACCUCAAUAUUUCUAAGUCAUACAUUCAUUUAUUCAGCGCGAGGUACAUAUUUUGGCAAGCAGACGAAAAUGUCUGGAUGUCGACCGCAGUCAAGGACCCAAGGACCAAUUCCGAAAGCAAACGUCACUGAUUCUGGCUCUUUCCAGCAACACAAAGUCGAGUGUUAACGUAAUGGAGGUUAAAUGUAGAUGCUGUAAGAGGAAUCUGACAUCACAAGCACCGUACAGUCCCUGACAACUGACAGAACACGCCACCCAUCUUCCUUUGAGUGAAGGGCAGGGUACGUAUCACUCACUGGUGUGCACAAGAGUUUGACCAUGUUGUCCUCUAGUUGAACCCUCGUUAAAAUCCAAAGUAGGUUAUGGUGAAAGCGGAACCAAAUUGAUCACAGAAUGUUACCCCAAGGACAUCUUUGUUCACUCUAAAUACAGGAGAUUAGUAGUCUAAAAAUCCCUAACUGAUGUUGUGUAUUUUCUCCGGUUAGAAACGCUUCAACGAAAGAUAAAUUUUCAUAUUCCAUAUACGAAGCCUCGGUGUCACUCCACUCAUGACAAAUGGGAUUUGUCAGAGUGAUGGUGCCACGGUGGUCGACUUCGGUGGAGUGAGUCCUUGUACCGGUUUCAGUGCCUACUCACCUGGAGUGUUUUCUGGAGAUGGACGGACUACUUUGCAUUGGUGAGGCUGAACUGGUAACCACUCACUCAGUAAGAACAUGAUUGUUUCACUGACCUUGCAAGUGAGUGAGAUCGAGACUUUUGCGUCCAACUCAACCUCGUGGCAGAUUUCCUGUCAAUUACGGCAGUCAGAGCGUUGAUGGUGAUUCAUCUCCAAACUAAGGUUCCAAAGUUAUGCAUUUGGACAUUCAGAUCGGAACAGCUCCAUGCUUCCGUUAUGCUAACCUGCACCGGAUGCAGCUGCCUCAGAUGCAGCAGCUGAUAACGCACGCUGUGUUCUCUCCUCCUCUUGGGCUCUACUUACACAUCAAGUCCUUGUGAAGACCAUUCCGGAAAGUUUACUACAGGAGUGCUCUCAACGGGCACAGCAAGAGGGCGAGAGCGGAGGAGGAAAGCGGUCAGAGGAAAUAAAGAAGAAAAGGGAAGCCAUGGAUUUCUCGCUCAACAGUAGAUACGUACCCAUCACUUUGUGAAUCAUACACAUCCGUUAAUGUGGGUGGGCCAAGCGGAUAGAGGCGGAAAGCUGAUGUCAACAGUGAUGGAUCUGCUUGAUUCUGCUGGUCCUCUUGGUUCCAUCCCGAUCCACUCCGCGUAUGGUCAAGUGGGUGGCAGGCACUGUUCGUGUGUGGGUCAGGGCGAAGCCUACCCAACUCUCCGACCCUCAUCUCAUUCGGCACAAAAUAUGUGACAACCAAAAUUUCUCAGGUAAAAAUGAGUGCCAUAAUUGUCUAUACCUCCGGAUUGAAAAAGAUCAUCGAAGGCAAGAUUUGGAGUACAUGCUCGAUUUUCUCGACGGUCAUAUUUCUAUGGCCAAGAAAAGCUUACGAAAUGUUUUUUGCUCUGGAAUAUCAGAGGGAAGAAUGGUGGUGUGAAUUAAGGCAUCUGCUUCGUCCUGCCGCAAGGCAGUUGAGCGCUGUAGCUCAGGCCAGAAACCCGAUUGCAAAUCUUAGCUUUGCAACGUUCAACCAAAGAGGACUGUUUUCUAGCUAAAGAAGAUAACUAUCUUCUUCUUUGUCUCCGGACACUUAACAUCUAAGUAGAGACAAGGCUAGCCAAGGUGAUUGUCAGGCUUUACACUCUUUCCAUUCGCAUUUUCAGCUGGCAAAAAAGUUUAGGAGCUUGUCACCACCCACGCUAAUCAGCAGGUUUCUGAGUGUCUGAUGAAUCCAAGGAAGCGAAAUCAUCUUCAAUACAGUGCUGACUCGUAAUUCCAUUAGAAGUUCAGGAUGGCACC